UCAAGCCGCCAGGCAGGCAGAUGCGACGCAAAAGCCGAAGACGUCCGCCUGACGCAUGUUGUAAACAUAGAUCAACCAAAAAUAGAACAACUGAAAGGCAAGAAAGCGUCCCGCGUAAACGCCCGCGGAAGAAAUCCGACACCGCGCAACUAUGAUCAGGAUGUCGUGUAUUGUUCUUUGGUUGGUUUUGAGCUCAACGCAGAGCGCAUAGAAAUAUAUAUAUUUCCUUUCAACGAAACGGAACCGCCCAACCCCUGAAGCUGCUACAGCAUUACGUCAGCCACUGGACGAGGUGCGUGCAGUAACGCACGCAUCCCUUGAACCAUAGCAGUACAGAAACAUCACUACCCACAAAGCUACAGAUUGCGCGCAUGCGCGCUCUGAGCGGGAAAACUACAAACGCGUUAACUCCGAUUGGCUACGGACUAAAGAACUACAGCCCCCAACAGACAUGCGCAAAAAGUCCCUCUUAAAGCCUUUUAAAUUUACGUGCAAAAUGGCUGCACAGGUCGAUCUGCUUCGCGUCAAAGUAGAGGAGAAGAGCAGGGACAGCUUUGACAAAGCCACCAAAGAGAAGAAAAAGAAGAAAAAACGAGAAUGUUCGCCGUCCGAUGACAAGCGCGAGAGAUCGGAGAAGGAAGCGAAGAAAAUAAAGCUACAUCACCACCAACACAAUCACCAACAUGCCCAACAACGAGCGCAUCCACCGCACCAACAACAGAACAGUCAAGCGCGCAACUUCAGCAAAGAGCAGGUACCUGUGCAACACCGUCAUCCUCUCCAUCAUCACCACAACAGCACCAAGAAAGAAUUACCUCCGGUCUGGCCGCCGCGCAAAGUGACACCAGCAGCCCACGUCCCGCAGAAGACGGUCCUGCCGCCUUCCCCGCUGUUCACUUUCACGCCGCUGAAAGUAGCGAAGGCCAAGCCCCUCAAUAACAAGCCCAAACACAUUGAGAAGGACGCCAAACUUAAGCCCAAGAAGGAAAACGCCGAGGCGAACGUUAAAGUGGAGGAAUGCAAGAAGAAGAAAGAGCCCCACAGUGAAAAUGGCAAAACCCAGACCCUGGAGGAAUACCUCCUAAAGAAAAAGAAAAAGAAGAAGCGGCAUCGUGAAGAUGAGCGCGGCAAGAAGUUACGCGUGCACAACAAAGAGGUGCAGACGGUGUGUGCAGGAUUGCCAGGAGAUGCUCCACCUCUUUCUGAAGACCCUGUCGUACACGCGAACAUCAAAGAUGAAAAGCCGUGUCCGGGCUUUGGUGAGUACCACGCUCCCAAAGUUGGGAAGAAGCCGUUCCUCUCGCAUCAAGACCACUUCAUCCGCAGCUCGUGGCUUCAGACCAACUCCUCCUUCAGCAGACUCAUCCAUGAGGAAAAGCAGCCCAAUGGAGGGGCGUCAGUACUACAUGCUUAUGCAGAUGAACUGUCCUUACUGCGGCCCGGGGACACUGAAAGAUUCGCCCAGGAGUUCCUGGAUCUCGCCUUUGCUGAACACCCGAAAGGAGCUGCGCGGUACGCACUCGCCGUGGUGCAUGGAGCGGCCUCCUACCUGCCCGAUUUCUUGGACUACUUUGCCUUCAAUUUCCCAAAUACGCCUGUCAAGAUGGAAAUUCUUGGUAAAAAGGACAUUGAGACCACCACGAUUGCCAACUUCCACUCCCAGGUGAGCCGAACAUACUGCUCUGGGACAUAUAGAGCUGGUCCCAUGAGGCAGAUCAGUCUGGUCGGUGCAGUAGAUGAGGAAGUGGGCGAUUACUUCCCAGAGUUCUUGGAUAUGCUUGAGGAGUCUCCGUUUCUUAAGAUGACUUUGCCAUGGGGAAGCCUGUCCAGCCUGAAGCUUGACUGCAGAUCCCAGAGUGACGAUGGUCCCAUCAUGUGGGUGAGACCUGGAGAGCAGAUGGUCCCCACAGCUGAUAUGCCCAAGUCUCCAUUCAAGAGACGAAGAUCAAUGAAUGAGAUCAAGAACUUGCAUUACCUCCCGAGAGCCAGUGAACCGCGUGAAGUGCUGUUCGAGGAUCGGACACGAGCCCAUGCUGAUCACGUUGGCCAGAGCUUCGACUGGCAGAGUACAGCAGCUGUGGGUGUCCUGAAAGCAGUGCAGUUUGGGGAAUGGAGUGACCGGCCACGGAUAACCAAAGAUGUGGUCUGUUUUCACGCUGAGGACUUCAAUGAUGUUGUUCAAAGGCUUCAGCUAGACCUGUAUGAGCCACCUGUAUCACAGUGUGUCCAGUGGGUGGACGAUGCCAAACUCAACCAGUUACGACGGGAAGGCAUCCGCUACGUUCGUGUGCAGCUCUGUGAUGACGACAUCUACUUUAUCCCCCGCAACGUGAUCCACCAGUUUAAAACAGUCUCGGCCGUGUGCAGCCUGGCGUGGCACAUCCGUCUAAAGCAGUACCACUCCGAGGACGAGGAGGAGGUGGAGUCAAAGGACGUUAAGACCAAGGACCUGUGUUCCACAUCUUGUCCUUCCCCCUCUUCUUCCCCUGUUCACCCGGACACCAAAGUCACCUCCUGCGCCCGGCUACAAACAGACACGGCACAAGGUGGGGUGGCGAAAACGGACGAGCUGGUUUUCCAGAGGCCCGCUACGCCACCCAGAGAGCCGCAGCCCUCGCCUCCACAACCGGCUAAAUCCGCCCACACUGUUUCCGCCGCUCCCUGUUUGGAGACCAGCCCUCUCCCAGCGUCCUGCCCUCUGUCCUCGCCCACACCAGAGCAAAUGCUUCCACAGGUUCCCACCGAGCCUGCAUCAGACUCCUCCUCACUCAAUGGCAGCAGGUCCACGGAUUUCCCCAAAUGACUUCCGAAUCCAUCCUUUUGUGGAGGGGUGGAGUUUUAUUUCACCUAACAGAUUUGACUGACAUUCCACAGUGUAAAAAAAAAAAAAAAAAGGAAUAUCUGGACUUUGCCUAAAAAUUAUGAAGACUGUAUAUUUUUCUUUUUUAGAUUUUGGUUAAGAAAAUGACCCCACAAGUACUUUUUAGGUUUUUCUCAGCCAAAGUAUUUAAUUUGAAAUAUAUUUUUGCUGAUUACUCAGUAUUGUUUUAUAUUUGUUUAUAUAUUAUUAUAAAUGAGAAUUAUCUCUCGAGGGACUUUUCAUGUUGUUUCCCAUCAUGUUGAUCUGCUAAUUGGUUUUACAAACAAGGAAAAAAAGUGCCUGUCACAAGUGGAGAGCAGCAAUCAUAUCUUAAAAGAGAAAGUCUUUUUUUUUUUUUUUUUUUUUUUUCCCCCCUCCUUCCCUUGGUGUAAUGUCACUCUGAAGUAUCUGACGUAUUUAAGCUAGGCUAGAGAGAAGGUAUCAGUUUCAAGUGAGAGAUUUGCUUUUUCAGUUCCUCUGGUUUUAAAUUAAAACCCUUUGCUUGAAGGAAAAUUAAUUAUUUUUUUGAAUGAGUAAUAGCAGUAAUUAUCAAAGAGGAACCUGUGCAUUACCUCUCAUGUAUGCAGGAAAUAGGAUAUGGCCUCCACAAGAGGGUUGUUCAUUUGUUUGUUCAUUUUAAUUAUUUAUUUUUGUCCAGAAUAGUCAGUCUUUUAAGAUCAUGGUCAUAGAUUUUAUUUGUCAUGUUCAUUUUCUGUCUGUUGUGUAUACAGAAGCCAUUGUGCUUUUUCUUUUACAUUUUUACUUUGGGCUUGGAAGAGAUAUUCCAUCUAAGACCGAACUUUAGCAGAAAAUUAGAUGGAAAUGUAAUAACCAAACCUGUACUCAGGGGCAACAUGCUGAUGCCUUUUCAUUUGGUCAAGUCUCCUUCUACUGUGUUUACUUUUGAAGUUUUAUAGUAAUCUAAUCCAUUUGUUCAGAUUAUUGGGAUUUACUGAGCUCUUGAACCUAUAAUUCUGACAUGUUAGAAUGAGCUUUAUUUAAGGAAACGGUCCCUUGUUGCAAAUGGAUCAUCUAAACAAGCUUCCAUUCAGAUUUUACUCCUGAUCCUGCUCAUACUGUCAUAGUAGUUUUAGAGUCUGAACGGAAAGAUUUUUAUUUUAUUUUUUAAAUCAUACUUAAUUAUGCUCUGGACAUUUGUGUUUCUGUCUUUGUCACCUUUUUUUUUUUUUGUCCCAAAUUAUUAUUCCUGUUGCUUCGGCCAUUUUAAGCAUUUGUUGAAUUUUUCUGAAAGUCAGUGAGUGCAAAUAUGAAUUAACUCAGUAAUACACAUGAACGUGGUAUGAAUAAAUUCCUGCGCUUUUCUUGAACCAGAAAA